AUGCUCUUUACCAAGAAGCACACCAAGAAGGGCCUGAAGAAGAUGCAGGCCAACAACUCCAAAGCCAUGAGUGCACAUGCUGAGGCUGUCAAGGCUCUCGGGAAGUCAAGCCCGAGAUCCCAAAGGGCAACAGCCACAAGCUCAGUCAACUUGCCUGCAUUGCUCACCCCAAGCUCAGGAAACGUGCUCAUGACCGCAUCACCAAGGGUCUCAGGCUCUGUUGGCCAAAGGCCAAGGCUCAGACCAAGGCGGCAGCUGCAGCUGCAGCUCAGGCUCAGGCUCCCAAAGGUGCCCAGGCCCCCACAAAAGCUCCAGAGUAGAGCCUUUCAUCUACUGAUGUGA